AUGGCUUCCUGCAGCGAAGGUGUCCGCCGGACCCUCUCGGGGUCAUUGAUCGUCAAACCCUGCACUAAACAAGAAGUCGAGUUCUACGAAUCCAGCGCCCUCCACCCUUCCUUCCAGGAAUUCAUGCCCUUGUUUGUCGGCUCGCUCUCAUCAGCUGAGCAACAGCAGCCCCUUGCGAUCGCCGCCGCGCAGCAGUCCGGCGCGGUUUUUCUGCCUGCACUUGGUGGUGCUCCGACGGAUCCCGUCUGUCCCGAGUCGGUAACACCUGCACUGCCUACGCUGCCUGCUGCCGUGCCACUUGAAGGUGUGAAUGCUGGGAUUCCGACAGAGUCGCCCUGGGUCCCAUCCGAGGGGAAAAAACUAGAGACUGGUUUGUCGAUCGUGUUAGAAAAUGUAGCAUCGGGAUUUCGGCGACCAAAUGUGUUGGACGUGAAGCUUGGAGAGCGGUUAUGGGCUGAUGAUGCGCCGCCUGCGAAGCGGUCGAAGCUGGAUGCGGUGUCGAAGGAGACAACGAGCUCAAGUUUGGGAUUUAGGAUUGCGGGUAUGAAGGUCUGGACGGGCGAGGAUGGGGAAGCAGAUGAAGGCGCUCGGACCAACCCGUACGCUACUAAGUAUGAGGGUGCUGAAGGGGAGAAGGGCGAGGUUGUGGAGAAGAAUGGGUAUCGACGCUAUGAUAAGUGGUAUGGACGAUCAUUCAACGAGUCGAAUGUCAAGGAAGGGUUUGCGACAUUCCUGGCGGGUGCUAAAGCUGGUACGGUUGACCGGUCGAAAAUGAUCGCGAGGCGGAUUGUCGAGGAAUUGAAAAAUGUGCAGCAAGUGCUUGAGUCGGAAGAGAGUCGCAUGUAUUCUUCCAGUGUGUUAGUGAUAUACGAAGCAGAUCCUGAGGCGAUGGAGAUCGCUUUGGAAGAGGAGAAACGACUGUCCGAACAACCUCAGGAUGAAGAUGUGCAGGGGGAGGAUGACGAUGAGGUCAAUUUCGAAUUCAAUGAGGAAGCAUUUGAACUGGUGGAUGCGCAAGGAAUGCCUCAAAAGGCCAUCAAUAUCAGCAUCGACCCCCAAAUCAACCAAAUACCGGAAUUCGAUCUGGGAGAUGAUGAGGACGAUGAAGAUACGCCCAAGGUCCACGACUUGCGAGUGAUCGACUUCGCACAUGCGAAAUGGACGCCCGGUGAAGGCCCUGAUGAGAAUGUGCUGAAGGGGAUACGUGGUCUGAUCAAGAUAUUGGAGGAACUCGCCGAAUGA